AUGACAGUUGAAGUUCUACUCGACGGCGAGCCGGUAGUCGUCCUCGCCUCGACGAGGACCGUCCUGACUCUGCCAGACGACUCGCUGGUACUCACACCCGCGACCAUCGCAGUCUCACCAACCACUGGCAAGAUUGUGUCCGUGAUCCCACAGGUCCUUCCCAGGAGCUCCUUCCCUGCGGACGUUGUGUACCUGGAUUAUAGCCCAAAGCUUCUGCUGCCGGGCCUAGUAGAUGCUCAUGUCCACCUGAACGAGCCCGGCCGCACGGAAUGGGAGGGGUUCGACACCGGCACCAAGGCUGCCGCCUCGGGCGGCGUCACCACAGUCAUUGACAUGCCCCUGAACGCUAUCCCUCCCACAACGACGCUCGCGGGCUUCAAGGAAAAGCUUGCCGCCAGCGAGGGACAGUGUUGGGUAGACGUCGGCUUCUAUGGAGGCGUCAUUCCUGGCAACGCCAACGAACUGCUGCCCCUUGUGGAAGCGGGCGUCCGAGGCUUCAAGGGGUUCCUCAUCGACUCUGGGGUCGAGGAGUUCCCCGCAGUCUCAGCAAAGGACAUCGCACUUGCGAUGACGACGCUCAAGGACUCACCCACGACUCUCAUGUUCCACGCCGAAAUGCUCCCUCCGAAUCCCAACCCGGCUGCUGGCGAAGCGGACGAGCAGUCCGAAGCCGUCCAACAAUCCGACGCUCCGCCCCAACCCACCGGGGAGCUUAGCAGCUACAGCACAUUCCUGGAUUCUCGACCGCCGGUGUUCGAGACCUGUGCCGUCGAGGAGAUUCUGUCGAUGGCGCAUCUCGCGCCCCAGCUGCACCUACAUAUUGUGCACCUUUCGGCAACGGAAUGCAUCCCAAUGUUGCGGAAGGCGCGUCAGAGCGGCAUCAACAUCACGGCCGAGACGUGCUUCCACUACCUCGGCCUCGCGUCGGACGACAUCAAGGAUGGCGACACCAGGCACAAGUGCUGCCCACCAAUCCGCUCGCAGACAAACCAGGACCGGUUGUGGGACGAGAUCGCCGAUGUCGACGGCUGCAUCAAAACCAUCGUCUCGGACCACUCCCCGUGCACCCCCGAGCUCAAGCUGCUGCCGCCUCAUCUCCAGCACGCUCACCUGGACGGGCCGAGACCGCCCAUGCGCCACUUCGACUCUGCCAUCGACGUGACAUCGCCCAAGGAGGAGGCAGCGGAGCCCGUGGUAGAUGCCAUCAUCACUCAGGCCGUGGUUGGUGGCGACAAAAGCCAGGGUGACUUCUUCGCCGCAUGGGGCGGCAUCUCCUCGGUGGGCCUCGGGCUGCCGAUCCUGUACACCAUCGCGACGGAGCGUGCCGUGCGCGGCGACUCGGCGCUGUCCAUCAUUGACAUCGUCCGCAUGUGCUGUCAGGCGACGGCCAAGCAGGUCGGGCUGGCGCACCGCAAGGGCGGCAUCAAGCCCGGCAUGGACGCCGACAUCUGCGUGUUUGACGACGCGAACAUCUGGACGCUGCGGGAGCCUGACAUGCGCUGGAAGAACCGUUGCUCGCCCUGGGAGGGAUACACCUUCAGAGGUCGGGUCCAGGAGACGUGGUUGAGGGGUCAAAUGGUGUUCCAACUCGGUGGGGAUAAUCUUGGGUUUAUUGGUGGGAAGCCGGUCGGACAGCCGAUCAUAGAGAGGAGGCUGGAGUGA